AUGGCGAUAGAAAUUGCAAUUUCGGAACUGCCUCGGGAUUGUGGAAAGCGAUUGAUUGCUCAUUAUAUACAUCAAACUGCGAUCGAUGAGCCUCAUCGAGUGUGCAUAUCUAGUCCUUUGACUUCCGAGCCACGUGAUGGAUUCGAGGACAUCACAUUCAGUCAUUUAGACAAAGCCAUAGAUGUCGCGUCUAACUGGGUUGAAAGCAACGCUGGCAUUGGGACAGACUUUGACUGUAUUGCCUAUAUCGGUCCCCAUGAUCUGCGGUAUAUACUCCUGAUAAUAGCGGCAAUCAAAACUGGACACAAGCUUUUUGUGCCAUCCCCACGGAAUAGCUUAGAAGCACAUACCAAACUACUACAAGAUUAUAGAUGCGAGAAAUUUCUAUUUGCAAAGGACUCUCCGGUAUCUCGUAAGAUUGUUAAUGACAUUCAAACUAAGGUUGACCUUCAAACCAUAGCUGUUCCUACCUUAGAUUAUUUUCUUCAUCCUGGAUUUGAUGUACCUCACUACAAGUACACCGCAGCAUUUGAAGAGGCUAGAUUUCAGCCGCUUGCUGCAAUGCAUACAUCUGGGACCACAGGAACACCCAAGCCUAUCGUCAUACCACAAGGUGUUAUCACAAGUCUAGAUGCCUCUCAGAAGGCUAUUUCACUCUAUGGUAUCGCCACAGCAUCUGAUUAUUGGCGAGGUUUACGGUGCUUUUUGACAUUCCCACUAUUUCAUGCCGCUGGUGUCUACAGGAUAAUGACUGCGCUAUACUUCAAGCAGAUAGCGAUGCUUCCACCGCCUGUCCCAUUGACUGCAGAAUUAGCAAAUGAGGUUCAUAUACAUGGUAAAGUGCAGGUCGCAGAUCUUCCCCCUGCCGUGCUAGUGGAAAUAUCGAAGGUCCCUGAGUAUCUAGAGAACCUUCGUCCUGUCAAAUAUAUCAUGACCGGAGGCGGCCCACUACCCAAUGACCCUGGAGAUAUAAUCAAAUCUCAUACUCGGUUGUUCGCGGGGUUUGGGUCAACGGAGACGGGACAUAUUCAAGCGGCUUUACCACCCGAAGAAAAUUGGGACUACUUUGACUUUUCUACAUCAUUCGGUGUUGAAAUGCAGCAUUAUUCAGGCGAACUAUAUGAGCUUGUGAUCGUUCGUGAUCCAUCGAUAGAAGCAUAUCAAGGAAUCUUCUAUACGUUUCCAGAUCUUUCAGAAUACAAAACUCAGGAUUUAUUUUCUAAGCACCCUAGCAAAAACAACCUCUGGCGCCAUGAAGGCCGUUCUGAUGAUAUCAUUGUUUAUUCUACAGGGGAGAAAUUCAAUCCAAUUAGCAUGGAAAAUGCUUUGAACUCUCAUCCUGAAGUCAGAUCUGCCAUAGUCUAUGGUACUAAGAAAUUUCAGUCGUCCUUGCUCAUCGAACCUAUAAAUUCCGAGAAGUCCAAGGACUCCCUAUUAGAUGAAUUAUGGCCAACAAUAAAGAUUUCAAAUGUCAGUUGUCCCGCGCAUGCGCAGAUAAUGAGCAAGAACUUCGUCGCAUUUACCAAACCUGAUAAACCAUUUCCCAGAGCUGGGAAAGGUACAGUACAACGAAGGCAAGCCGAAAAACUAUAUGAAAUAGAGCUCAAUAGUCUUUAUGAAACAAAUGCUAACGGGCAGGGAACAAACAAUAAUACAAGCGGAAAUAGCUCUCUGAAUAAGCUUGCGAGCUCUGACUUGCAAGGUGCAAUCAUGCGAACCAUCUCGAAUCUCCAAGGAUUCGAAAACUUCUCUCCAUCUGACAAUUUCUUUGAGCAUGGGUUGGACUCGCUAGGCGUGAUCUCAUUGACAAGGGCAGUGAAUUCGGCGUUCGAAACACAGGAUCCUCCACGGGAUUCGAUACGCGAGUCAAUGAUAUAUGCAUAUCCAAGUCCAGAAAAACUAGCACGCGCCCUCUCAAAUUCAGCAGAAGACGAAAAUGAAAAUUAUGGGGAAAUGCAGGAAGAAUACGAACGUUUCGUCUCUGACCUACCUAUUAUUGCUAGGCCAUCGACACCAGUCACUGGACCCAAAGUAUUUCUAUUGACUGGGUCUACUGGAUCUUUGGGCUCAUACCUUUUGAGCAACCUGCUUGAAGAAGACAAGACAUGCAAGGUUUAUUGCCUCAAUAGAGGAGAAGAUACCGAGAAACGUCAGCUAAUUUCCAGCUCGUCUAAGGGCCUUUCAACAGAUUUUAGCCGUGUCCGUUUUCUCAGCAUGGCGACUGGUGCUACGGAAGCAUGGCUUGGUAUAAAGCUUUACCAAUACAAGAAGCUAUUCAAUGAAGUAACGCACAUCAUUCACAAUGCUUGGCAUGUUGACUUUAACUUGUCCUUUAGCCAAAUGGGUGCAACACAUAUUGGUCGUGUUCGUCAGCUGAUUGAUUUCUCGGCUCACUCAAGAUUCGGUGCUUCCAUUCACUUCAUCUCCAGUAUCAGCACUGUUGGGAAUGGGGACGUCAACAGACCCGAUACGCCCAGUUCUUCCGGCUAUUCCCCGCCAUCGCAGUCAGAAUCGGAACCAUCAAUACAACCCCGUGUUCCCGAGAUUCCGUAUGAGGACUGGUCGCUUCCACAAGGCUUAGGUUAUGGCCAAUCAAAAUUUGUUGCAGAGCGGCUGAUUACUACUGCCUGUAAGAUUUCUAAUAUUCCUGCUUCGAUCUACCGAGUGGGUCAAAUUGCCGGUCCGAAAAGCAGUGAGGGAAAGUGGAACGAACAGGAAUGGUUUCCUUUGAUUGUGAAGUCUUCAACGUAUCUGAAGGCUUUACCUUCGUCGUUGGGUCCACUGGAAGCUGUUGACUGGAUCCCCGUUGAUAUACUUGGGAAAAUCGUUUACGAACUUGUAACAUCUUCGAAUCACGAUACACUGGAGUCGCAUUCGCCGAUUGAAUCUUCUUCUGAAUCACCCAGAGUCUUCCAUCUCGUGAACCCAAAGCGAACAACAUACUCAGAUGCUGUUCUUCCUCGACUACAAUUGAUUCUAGAUCUUCCCACUAUAACCUUCGAAGAAUGGGUCCAGCGUCUACAUGAUAGUGCAGCGAAUACACAGGAUAUGAAAAUACAUGAUAACCCAGCAGUAAAAAUUCUUGGGUUCUAUGAGGGUCUGGUCGAGAAGAAGAAGGAAGGCAGGUCACAAGUCUGGCUCGAUACGGAGAAGGCCAUCGAGGGAAGUAUAACCUUGAAGAGUAUAGACCGGAUCGAUGGAGAUUGUGUAGACAACUGGAUGAGGCAAUGGGGAUACAUUUGCAAUGAGUAUGAAGAAUAAAAUGAGGUUAAUUCUCUCAAAAAGAGUAGAUAUUGAACUUGUA